AUGCCCAACCCGAAAUCCCGCCGUAUUGCCCCUGUGGCUUCUGACACUGCCGCCAAUAAUGACACCCAGAAACGCAGAAAGAACGUCGGGACCGCGUGCUUGGCUUGCAAGACUCGCAAGCUGAAGUGUACCGGAGCACCUCCCUGCGCCAACUGCGUCAAGAGCCGUCUCGAAUGCAACCUCGAUGAAUCCGCCGAUAAACGUCGCCGCGGUCCGCUGAAGCGCAAGAUCGACCAUCUGGAAGACAAAGAGGAGGUCUUUCUCCGCCUUCUCGAGAUCAUACGCGACGGCGACAACCGUCGCAUCGUACCCCUGUUGAACCUUAUCCGAAGCCAUGCCUCCUUGUCCGAGAUUCGCUUUUAUAUUGAACACCAGCUGCCACGGUCGGAACUGCCGCAAGCCUCUGAUCUUGCUGACCUCUUCCGGGACAUCCGACAGUACGAUCUGCUCGAACCGAGUCCGAAGCGGCGCAUGCUUGGUACCCCACAGCCCGUCGAUAUCCCUCGUUUCUCCGUUCCUGCGCGACCCUGGACCUCGGUCAUUACAGAUGACGACCUCGUUUCUCGAUUGAUAACUCUGUGGUUUACAUGGAUUCAUCCAACUUGCAAUUGGAUUGACCGGGAUUUGUUCAUCCGCGAUAUGAAGUCGGGCUCUCUUUCCGCGCCGUACUGCUCUCCGUUCCUGGUGAAUGUCAUACUGGCCGAUGCAUGCGCCUAUGCCGAUUACGCAGCCUACGAACUCCCCGAUGAACUGCUGGUCACGCAGCGAUCGCUAUUGUACGACGAGGCGAAGCGAUUACUCCACAAAGAGGAGGGGCGCAUUUGUUUACAAACAGUUCAGGGACUGGGAGUCUUGUGGUUGAACGCCUGCGUUACUGGUAAAGACCGACUCGGGUGGAUCAGCCGUGGACAGCUUGCCUACUCCCUCGAGGAGCUCUCGCAAACCGCCUCUCAUAAUACCUCAGACCCAGACUCCACGCGCAUGCUGCAGGUAGUCAAUCACACGAAAUGGGGGUUAUUCCAUCUUUCCUUGAUCAAUGGUCUGUUUCUUAAGAAAGUGCCAAUACUCAAGCCACCAAUGCAGCACAUCCCUCUCCCUGUUGACCAUCAAAGCGACCAAGACAUAUGGUCCUCAUACCCGAAUCCAUCCAAAGGUGUAGCCGGACAUACAAAUUGUUUAUCCAACGCCCUAUCGAAUCUCAACGGAAUAGCAUACAGUCUGGUCGCAUUCUUGUUCCCGCACAGCGAGUCGUCUGUAGGUCACAUCGAACUCGACAACGGGAAGAUAGAGGCUUUGCAAGCUCUCAGUGCAUGGCCUGGCCGCCUACCCAACUGCUUGAUAGAGAGCAAGCGUGAUGUUCCCCAUGUGCUCUCCCUACAUAUGCACUAUCACAAUGUUAUGAUCGCAAUAUACGGCUUUCUCAGAACUCGGCCUGCAUACGCAAGUACAGGUUCAGCCUGGAGCCCCGAGCCGCGGAUCCCGUUUAUUGCCCCCCAGCAAGCUUGGGAAGCUUGUCUUCUGUCGGCUCGCAAGAUUGCUCAAUUAGUCGUUGUCCACCGCUCCAGCUGGGGGUUCGAUCGCAUGCCCGGUGCCAACGCUCCAUGUAUCAUGGGCGCUCUCUUUGUGUUGCUAGAAGUUCUGGACGAGCCCGCCAACCGGGACGCCUUCAUUUCAUUGACAGUGGCCGCCGGGGCGUUUUCGCGGCGAUGGGAAUGUCCCAGAGCAGUAUUCCGCUCUCUUCAGAAUACAGCCCGCGAGAGAGGCAUAACUCUACCACCAGAGUCGGGUCCCAUUUUCAUGGAUCUCGAUCAGCUCUCGGAGAAAAGCACUCCCGUAAAGUCUGAGACCCCCGAGGCGCCCACAAUUUGA